AUGGAAGCUAAUCAGCUACCAACAACUGACAACACAGAUCCAUUGACGGCAACGAGCAUGGAACCAUAUCCGCAACCAACCACAGACAACCCAGAUCCAUUGACGGCAACGAGCAUGGAUGCUAAUCAGCUACCAACCACUGACAACCCAGAUCCAUUGACGGCAACGAGCAUCGAUGCUAAUCAGAUACCAACAACUGACAACAUAGGUCUAUUGGCGGCAACCAACAUGGAUGCUAAUCAGCUACCAACCACUGACAACCCAGAUCCAUUGACGGCAACCAGCAUGGAAGCUAAUCCGCUACCAACCACCGACAACCUAGGUCCAUUGGCGGCAACCAACAUGGAAGCUAAUCCGCUACCAACCACCGACAACCUAGGUCCAUUGGCGGCAACCAACAUGGAAGCUAAUCCGCUACCAACCACUGACAACCUAGGUCCAUUGGCGGCAACCAACAUGGAAGCUAAUCAAUUACCAACCACUGACAACGAAGAUCCACUGACGGCAACCAACAUGGAAACUGAUCAGCUACCAACCACUGACAGCGCAGAUCCAUUGACGGCAACCAACAUGCAUGCUAAUCAGACACAAGAGUUGCAAAACUACUUCUGGAGGACAACAAUAGACGAGACUGACCAUGACUCUACUUUCCUGGAUGGCCGACCCAAAUCAACACCCGGAUUUAUCAACCCGAGGGGCAACACAGCCAGCCGAGGAACAAUACAGCCAGCCGAGGAACAAUACAGCCAGCCAAGGGACAAUACAGCCACACUAGGAACAAUACAGCCAGCUGAGGAACAAUGCAGCCAGCCGAGGGGCAAUACAGCCAGCCGAGGGACAAUACAGCCAGACGAGGAACAAUACAGCCAGCCGAGGGGCAAUACAGCCAGCCGAGGGGCAAUACAGCCAGCCGAGGAACAAUACAGCCAGCCGACGGACAACACAGCCAGCCGAGGGACAAUACAGCCAGCCGAGGAACAAUACAGCCAGCCGACGGACAACACAGCCAGCCGAGGGGCAAUACAGCCAGCCGAGGGGCAAUACAGCCAGCCGAGGGAAAAUACAGCCAGACGAGGGACAAUACAGCCAGCCGACAAUACGUAG